AAUCCCCGACCCAGUAAAUUUUUUAAGUGACCAAAAAUAAAAAUAAAAAUAAACUCGAAACGCAAAGGAGAAGGAGACGACGAUGGAAUUAGAAGUCGAUGAGAACGACUUGAAAGCCGCCGGCGCAGUAAUCUUCGUCGACGGUGGCCGGAGAAGCAUUAACAUUCAUGGUUGGUUGAUCGAGUCUCGUAGACACUCCAUACUCAACUCCUCAACCGUCCAAGAGUGGGAAAAGAAACUUAAGACAUCUCAUUUACCAGAAAUGGUUUUUGGGGAAAACACUUUAAUUCUAAAACAUUUGAAUAGUGGCACCAAAAUCCACUUUAAUGCAUUUGAUGCUCUAUGUGGCUGGAAACAAGAAGCUUUGCCGCCUGUUGAAGUUCCCGCUGCGGCUAAAUGGAAGUUUAGAAGCAAACCCUUUGAGGAAGUAAUAUUAGAUUACGACUAUACAUUUACAACACCUUAUUGUGGAAGUGGCGCUAUUGAGAUCGAUAAAGAUCUGAAUGGGAGAAAGAUUUCGGAGGAAACCGGCAAUGUCCAUUGGGAAGACUGCAAGGAACAAAUUGAUUUAAUUGCAUUGGCAUCCAAAGAGCCUAUACUUUUCUACGACGAGGUGGUGUUGUAUGAGGAUGAACUCGCCGAUAAUGGAGUAUCACUUCUUACUGUAAAAGUGAGAGUCAUGCCAAGUUCUUGGUUUCUUCUCUUGCAAUUCUGGCUUAGAGUUGAUGGAGUGUUGAUUCGACUGAGAGAAACUCGUAUGCACUAUGUAUUUGGUGGAAGCACAAAUCCUGUUGUACUUCGGGAGAGUUGCUGGAGAGAAUCUACAUUUCAGGCUCUAUCUGCGAAAGGGCACCCUUUUGAUUCUGCUGCAUAUAAUGAUCCAAGCAUCAUAAGCCAGAAGCUCCCCAUUGUCAAGCGCACAACCCAAAAGCUUGUAAUUUCUUCUUAAAUUAUAAGGCUGUAAAUUCCCUUCAGGGGUUCUGCUCAGUUGUUAUCUUGUUUAUAAUUUAUUCUAACUUAUACCAAGACUGUUGAAAUCAUCAUUUGCUUCUUAUGAGAUAAGCUUAAGUUGAGAUGCAUGUGAUGUACUUUUACAAAGGGUGGAAGCUUGAACUUGUGGAUACGGAAAUGCCUGGAACUGAGUGAGCAGACACUCCCAUGCUAAUCAUUUGAGGAUGGUUUGUUUGUCUUACUGAAAAUCUCCGCAUCCAAUAAGUUAGCUCAUUUUCCAGUAUUAUUUGUGUAUUUUGUUCAGGAAAAACGCAUUUAAAGCAACUGAAAUGUCUCUGGCAGAUAUCACUUGUCACCCAAUUAUCUUGUUAUUGCAUAAUACAACACAGUGUAGGUUACCAAAAAUUAUGAGUGUCUCGUACUCUUCAAAUGCUUAUAUAAUAUUUGUGUCAAUGCAUAUUUGACAUUGGUA